AGCUUUUACCUGAAAAUAUCAGCGAAACUUUUGAUGGUGGCAGUUGUGGGAGGAUGAUGCUCUGCAACAAAAAAAAUGUGUCUUGUGUGCGUGCAGCGUAAACAAUGUAACUUCAUCUGGCUGCUAGCUAACGUUAGCUAACGUGAACAAAAGGGGGAGCACGCCUCCCGUCUGUUAACGAGUGAGUUAGCCGUUAGUCGCUAUCAACAGAACGGUUGGUCUUUAUUUUCAUCCGCUGAUGGGCGUCAUGGUUCCUCACCUUCUACCUGGCUAUUAGCUAACAUCGCAGCUUAAAGGACCGUGCGUACUCACGUUGAUGAUGCUAUCAGUUAGCCUAUCUAUAGCUAGCGUCUCUUAGCUAGGCUCUAUUGUGAUGAUUUAGCUAAAUAACCUUGGAGCUAUUGUGGAUAUUUUUGUAUCCGAUGUUUCGCAUUAAAGUAAACGGUAUGUUCAAACCUAUUGAUGAGCCGAACUACGUGUGUAACGUGCACGGUGUCCGUUGUUAGCUCGGCUGACUAGCGGCGCUUUAAAGGGAAUUGUUCUGUUUGAGAAACGCAGCUAGCGCGACUUGUGCUAACGCGGCGCCUGCUUUUUUGCAACGGCCUUUGCUGAAUUAGGACAUCGAGUAUCCACAGAGGGCUACUUUCUGUAUUGCGUGUGUGUGUAACUGAUAACUGGUAACUGCUUCAGGCCUCGGGAGUGACUAUAUAAUAUGAUCGGUAAUCCCUCCGUUGUUACUGUGGCCGCGGCCGCCUGUUCUUCGGAUAUACAAGUGUGUGUGUGGCCGUACAUUUAUCAUGGUAGAUUUGAGCUUGUAUUAGCAAGGCGCCUAAUGAAGAGCCUCUAUAUCGUAAUAUCCCGGUUGUCCAUUACGGGCCUGGCAUCUGCUUGUUGCUGGCUGCGACAUUUUUGACGGUUGCCGUUGGAACGAAAUGGUGCUGUCACAAGUUGCAACUGCCAAAAAUCAUCGAGGAUAGACAUUUCGUACAUAUUUACGUAUCGUGUUGAGAGCUGCAUGGGAAUUAAUUAAAUCAUUCUUCUUUUUUUGUGAUGCACAUGCGUCUUAGCCCCGCUAAGCAUUGACUUCCACUUCUAUAUGUUUUACUGAAUGGACGGUUGGGUAUUAGGAGUGUAAAUCUGUAUUUUUUUUGUUUUCCAGAUGGAGUCAAAUAAUCAUUUCAACUAUGACAGCCACUCCUCAGCAAACUCAGGACUUAAACUCUCCUCAGGGGAUUCUCUUUAUACUAAUGGGUCCUCCAUGAGCUUUCCUCAGCAGGGGAAGAAUAUGAAUGGCGAAAUGAAUGUGAAUGGCGUCACUACUGUACUCGGGUCUGGGGUGCCUGGUUCUCACCCACCAACAGCUCCCUACCCACACAUGAGCAACCACCACCAGAGCAGCAUGGGCUAUGACUACUUGUGGGGAGGUCACCCACAGUACGGUCCAGCCAUGGGCAGCUCUCCUGGGCACGGGAUGCACCAGAAGCAGCCUACACCCGGGAUGGUGCAGCCUCAGUCACAGCACCACUUCCAGGGUCAUGGACAGUACCAGCUGAAUGGGGGUGUUGAAAGCUCCCACCAGCCCCCCGUGGCAGGCCCACCAAGCAUGCCUCUUACUGGGAGUCAGUACUGGAACAGGAGUAACCCUGGCCCACAGCAGAUAAGUUAUAACUCCCAUAGUAUGUACGGGACAUACCCGAGUCAGGCACAUCCUGGAAUAACACCGUCACAACAUCACCAGCAGCAGUCCUUACAACCCACCCCGCAUCAGCCGUCGCAACAGCACCUCCACUCCCACCAUCACCCACAGCACCACCACCAGCAGCACCAGCAACCACAGCAUUAUGGCCUGAUGCCUAAUGGGAUGCCCUACUACCAGCAUCAAUCCCUUCCGUCUCCCCAGCAACAGCCAUCGCAGCAGUCUCAGCCCCAAAGCCAGACUCCGAUGAUGCCCCCAGCUGCCCAGAAUUUUACUCCCACACAGGUCAGCCCACAGCACCACAGCUUAGGCAGAGGGGGCACUGGCAGUCCACUCCCCGUGGGAAUAUCCACAACACCAAUGAUGUCACCGCCAACAGUGCAGGAUAGUGGAUCGCCCAAGGGUCACAGCAGGGAGCGCAGCCCCCAUGCUAGCAAUGUGGGAAUAUCUACCAUCAUGCAAGGGCACACAAGAGAAGCUGUCAAGGAGGAAGAUAGCAGCUAUAACGGCAUGGAAAGGGCACCUGUUGCCCAUAGGCUACCCAAAAGUUCAGCUCACGUGGGACCCGAUUACCAUCCGCAUUCGGAACAGCCGGCAGCUCAGCAACCAGAAAUGGCUUCCCCUGUCAGAGAGACACCUACCCUGUCGGUGUCAUCACUGCUCUCUGCAUCUACCAAGGCCUCAACACCUCCUCGGGUCUCUGAGUCUCCCUCGUCUGCCCCCGGGCCUCCUCUGGUAUCACCCCCUGAUGUAGAAUCUACUCCACCACAAAUCUCAACGCCCCCCAAUGUGUCCUCUACUCUGUCUCCAGCUGCUCCUCCCAGACUUUCCUCAUCGCCUCUAAUGAAGCAAGGCCUCAGGCCUGCCACUACUGCUGCGACUGAGACACCCCCUGCUGGAUCCAAGCAUCUGUCAAUGGGGUCCUCGUCCUCCUCCUCCCUGCCUGCAUCACCUCAAAAGUUGUCUACACCUCAUGUCUCAACUGAUAGUAUGUCUAAACCUGCAGUUUCUUCAGUCUCUCCUCCGUCAUCAGACUCUUUGACUCAUCAAACCAAGUCUUCAUUGCCUCCUACGUCUUCUAGACCUCCAACAAAUGUCACAACUGCCCCCAUCUUAUCUCUUCAGCAGAUGGUUGAAGGGUCCAAGCCACCUCUGCUGACGUCUUGCUUUCCUGAUGCACCCAGAGCUCAGCAUGAAAAGCCUGGGCCCCCAAAAUUAAUGUCUGCUGUCUCAUCAAUGUUUGCAAAAUCCUCAUCUGCUGGUGUGGCUCCACCUCUAAUGUCAGCAUCAGGAUCUUCAACCUCAACACCACCCGGCUCCUUUACAUCAGGAUCUUCAUCUGUCACGUCUGUCUCAAAAACUCCUUUAGUUGGCAGUAAACCAGGUGACCGAGCACCCACACCUCAGCGCCAGACAUGCACUUCUCCAGCUGCUGACUCUGGUUUUUCCACGGUAUCAUCAUCAGCGGUGAACUUGCCCUCCCUAGCAGCCCAUGAAAGUCUUACAGUCCGACCUCCGUCUACCCUACCUCUUCUAACCGCUCAAGCCUCCAGGACUGCACCCGUGUCCGGCCCUCCUGCUUUGGUGCCUCUGACUUCUGCAAUGGGCACGUCUUCUGGAGUGGUCCAAAGUUCUGACUCUGAGCAGCUUCCUCUUAACACCACUCCUCCUCAUGCGCUGAAGCAGUCGUCUCCGAAGUCAGAGCACCGUGGUCAUAGUGAGGAUAGGAAAGCGUUGGCGAACAAACGAAAUGGAAAACCAGAAGAACACCCACCUCGUCCUCAUCAUCCACAAAUCAAGCCAUCACAGAAGGUGGAAGCUACUGAGUCUAACAAAUCUGAAAUUCGAUCACCCAAAUUCCUCACUGAUCUUCCUGGGAAACUCCUGCAGACCACGGUCGCUUCCAAGAAUACACCAACAGCCUCUGAAAAGCACCACCUGCAAAGCAGCAUCUGUGAGGCAGAGGACUCCAUGGGGGAGCAGACUCCACUCAGAAAGUCUUCACAUCUCCACAGCACAAGAUUAGAAGAUCUGACGGAUGAAGACGAAAGUUUUAACUCUUCACACACAGCGUCUCACUUUGAUGGCAAUUCAACAUUUGACAGCCCCUCUAGAAUUGAUGUCAGCUCUGCCUUUGAAAAGACCUUGUUUCUAGACGGCGAAAGCUCACGCGUAGACGACUCCACUCACUUUGACAGCAGCUUUCACCUGACGAAGGACGCGUCUCAGUUUGACAGCACUUCCCAUGCAGAAGAGGAACCAUCUACUGGGUUUGACACCACUGGAAUUAGCGGCUAUUCUGCGGAAGAGUCCAGAGAUGACACGUUGGACUCCACCAGGGAAACGUCUGAGGCAGAAGAGACCAAGGGCAGCUGUCAAAUCACAGGAGAAUCCAUGCUGGAGUCUCUCUCUCAGAUAGAAGAGCCUUCUGAUAACUCAAGACCUGAAGCAGAGUGGGGUCCCCGAGGACACGACACAUCAGACUCAGCUGGACGCAUUAGCAUCAAGACCACUGCCAGUGAGACCAUGACUCCCCCGAGUUUUGAGAUGAGAGAUGAGAACUUCAUCGCCUUCAGUACCCCAGCAGAGAGCCUUGCUGUGCACCCACUCCAACCAGUAACCGUUCCUGUUCUGUCAGCUGCUGGAGGACCUCAGAAAACGCCAGGGAAACCACGCAAACCUCGCGCUCCAAAGACAUUGUGGAUUAAAAUCCCAGCUCCUGAGGAGGCCAAGCGGAAGCCUCGGGCUCGAACCCCUAAAGUGGAGAAGAUAAAGACUGAAGAAGACGGAGGCAUUAAAGAGGAGGUAGCCAAGGGCAGAAAGAGGAAGAAGUCUCUCAAGGUGGAUGUUAAAGAAACAUCGGGUGCAUGUGGAGAGGCUGGGCCUCCCACGGGAGAGGUUGAUACCGUCACAGCCACAAUUGAAGCUGUUCUGGCCACCGCUUCAGCGUACACCACAGCAGACGUGAAACCCAAGAAGGCGAAAAGGGCCAAGAAACAAGACCAGGAAGGAAAUGUGGCGAAAACGCCGAAACAAGAUACAGAAACAGUUGCUAAUGAUGUUGACGAAAAUGAUGACGACAGCUCCACUGCAGGUGAAUCCAACAGACAGAGGAGGGUUGCAACUGAGGAGCAGGUUCAGUUCCCGAUGGGACAUGGUUGGAAGAGGGAGAUUCGUGUGAAGAAAAUGGAGUACCGCAUGAAGGGCGAAACCUGGUACUACACACCCUGUGGAAGGAGGAUGAAGCAGUUCCCGGAAAUAAUCAAGUACUUGAAGAAGCACACGGACAGUGUGGUCAGCAGAGAACACUUCAGCUUCAGCCCACGCAUGCCUGUUGGAGAUUUUUAUGAAGAAAGGGAAACUCCUGAGGGUAAGCAGUGGAUCCUCCUGGCCAAUGAGGAGGUUCCCUCUAUGAUCAUGGCAAUCACCGGCCGGCGAGGUCGACCUCCAAACCCGGAUAAAGAGAAACCUCGCAGGGUCCGUGUCCUGAAGGGAGGGCAGGUCCGCCGCCCUGGUAGACCUCCCAAACCACAGAUGAUUGACCUCCUUAGCAAAGUUGACGCCAAGCUUUUGACGCGACUUGAGGCCAAGGAAGCUCUCACGGAGGAGGAAAAGGAGAAACUUGUGAAAAUCAAAAAGAAAAUGAAGAGAAAGGCAAGAAUGAAGAGAAGGGAGGAUGUGAAGAUUAAGAAGAUGAAAGCGGAGAAAAAGAAAGCCAAGCUUGAGCAAGACGCCAAGGACCUGGAUCUGAAGGCUGAACCAAGCGACCCGACUGCCCCCCAGGCCCCGCAGCCGGCACCGGGGUCUGCUGCAGAGCCCAAGAAGCCCGGCCGGAGGAGGUCGGUCAAGCCCGAGGCUCCUCCGCCAGUACAGCAGACCGACGAGGAGAGGAUAGCCCAGGGUAAGAGGGUGCUGGGUGCUCGCAGUAAAGCCAAGGCUCUGGCUAAAGCCCAGGCAGAGGCAGAGGCGGCAGCUCAGGCGGCUCUAACAGCUAAGAGGGCGGCAGAGAGGAGAGCACAGACCCAGAGACGCAUGGAGGAGCGGAAGAGGCAGCAGUUGAUCGCAGAGGAACUGAAGAAGCCCAUAGAGGACAUGUGUCUCACUGACCACAAACCUCUGCCAGAGCUGUCCCGUGUCCCCGGUGUGGUUCUUUCUGGCAAAGCUUUUGCACAGUGUCUGGCUGUGGUCGAGUUCCUACACGGCUAUGGAAAGAUGAUUGGUCUCAAUAUACCCAAGGACGUGCCCAGCCUCGCCACGCUGCAGGAGGGUCUCUUAGGCCUGGGCGACGGCCAAGGAGCGGUCCAGGACCUUCUGAUGAAGCUGGUGGAGGCUGCACUCCAUGAUCCAGGCCUGCCCUCAUUUUAUCAGUCAGUAAAGAUCCUCGGGGAAAAGCUGGUUGAGUCAGAGCUGACUCGCAGCACAGUCUCAGAAGUGCUUCGCGUCUUUUUAGAAUCUCACGGUUACGAGACAGAUGUGUGCAACACACUGAGGACCAAAACAUUUCAUGCUCUGCCUCCGGACACCAAGGCCGCCAUCCUGGGUUUCCUGGUGGACGAGCUCAACAGCAGCAACGUUGUGACGAGUGACAUUGACAACACAUUAGAAAACAUGGCAACUUACAGGAAAAACAAGUGGAUCAUUGAGGGGAAGUUGCGCAAACUGAAGGCGGCACUAGCGCGCCGUACAGGACGCUCGGAGGAAGAUCUGUGUUUUGAGGAGAGGAGGCGCAGUGCCAGAGUGGCAGAUGAGGAGAACCUCAGUCUGGAGGAGGGCGGCCUGGCCUCUGAGAGAAGCAACCGCCGGGCACGCAAAGAAGAGCCCAAACUCAGUGAUAGUGAGAGCCCCACUACUGCCAGCGUUCCAGAGCUUGAAAGGCAGAUCGAUAAGCUAGCCAAGCGCCAAGCGUUUUUCCGUAAAAAGCUGCUGCAGUCAUCUCAUUCCAUGCGGGCCGUACUGCUGGGCCAGGACCGUUACCACCGCAGAUACUUGGCCCUUCCUCACCUCGGAGGAGUUCUGGUCGAGGGGCCAGAGGAGCUUUUGACUUCUGGAGAAGUCCUUGUAGCCGAGGUUCCAGUCACCUUCCUCAAAAAGGAGCCCAAAGUGGAGGAGACCCCCAUGCCUACCAGUCCCCCUCCUACUCUGCCUUCCUCUCCUUCCUCUGCUACCUCUGCACAGCCCCACACCUUUUCUCCAGAGGAGGACAACCUCCCCGGCACUGCAUCCCUCAUGAGCAGGCCGAGAGGACGAGGACGCCCCCGAAAAAUCAAACCAGAGGUGGAGCUUCACCUCCGCACGGCGAAGAUUCGCCGCCGGCGUCGGAGUAGCGCCAGGUCGGGGGGUGAAGAAGGGCCCGGAUCGCCGAACAGUGGCACACAAAACCUCACGCAGGCUGCCUUCCAGAGCUGGCUCAGCCAAUCGCAGGAUGCAGUGACCAAUGGCACGUGCUCAGCAGCAGGGGACGCUCCAGAGGGUAAUCGACCAGAGGAGAGCGUGAAGGAGAUGGCAGAGAAACAGGGACAGUGGUUCAACCUGCUCCCAAAACAACCGUGCGACGAUAACUCUCUGACAGAGUGUCAGAUUCCCAGCUCGCCCCCUAAACUCCUCCCUCAGAUCACGAGUGCUCUGCCCGCUCUCGCUGCUCCACUCAUGCAGUCGGACCCGCUCUUGCCUAGCCUGACUCCUGCUGACGUCUUGACCGCAGCAACACCACAGGACGUUCCCUCCACGCUACCUGCUUCUGCUGCUCCCGCUCCUGCUGCCACGCCGGCUCCGACUACCCCCGCCAAGCCGGGGCGCAGGCGGAGGAGAGGUAGCCGAGGCAGCAGUCCUGCUCGCAGAGGGCCAAGAGGAGCUGCGGCCAAGCGUCGUGGCCGCCCUCCCAACUCCGUGUUCCAGGAGCUCGAGCAGCUGUACUUCACUCAACUGGUGGUCAAACCGACUCCAGCAUCUAUGGUGCGUGGCUGGUGGUGGAUCAAGGAUCCAGAGGAGCUGUAUAGCACCUUACAGGCCCUCCAUCCAAGGGGAAUCAGGGAGAAGGUGCUCCAUAAGCAUUUGGCCAAACACAUGGAGAGUUUAGCUGAGAUAUGCACCAAACCUAUCAAUGAUCCUAUAUUUGAGUCAAAGUUAGAGGAGAAGGAUGUGCUGUUGGAGGCUCUGCAGCAGCCCUGGCAAGUGCAGGAGAAAGCAAUGGAGACUGACAUCUGCACCUUGCAGUGGGUGGAGGAUCUGGAGCAGCGGGUCAUUGCAGCCGACCUCCAUCUCAAGGCGGCACCUCAGAGUGCAGUGACUGAUGCUGAAUCCAACACAGAGACACCAAUGGCAGAAUUUCAGCCCUACACAAUCCCAGAUCCAGACUCAACACGUGACGACCUCCAAUACUAUGAACAUGACGCUGACCCGCGUGAUGACUGGAUUGUGCGAACUAAGAAGGAGUGGUCCAACCUGCCACGUAUGGUCACACACCCGGUGGACUUGGCAGUGCUGCGGUUGGCCAACCUCGAGCGAAACAUCGAGAGACGCUACCUGAAGGAGCCGCUCUGGAACCCCGCAGAAGUGAUGCGCCUCGCUCCUCUCACACCGACCCCGGGAGAAGAGCAUCCCAUGGAUGUCUUCAGUCUGGAAAGCGAGAUCACGUCGCGACUACGAACAUGGCGACAAGCUCUGGAUCGCUGCCGCAGCGCUCCCCAGGUCUGUCUGUGUUUACUUCAGCUGGAGAAGGCCAUUGCUUGGGAGAGAUCUGUGACUAAAGUGAAUUGCCAGGUUUGCAGGAAGGGAGACAACGAUGAUUGCCUCUUGCUGUGUGACGGCUGUGAUCGUGGCUGCCACAUGUACUGCCUGAGGCCCAAAAUCACCCAGGUGCCAGAGGGAGACUGGUUUUGUCCUACCUGCGUCGCCCAGGACGCCUGCGAUACGCCGCGCUUGUCCAAAAAGAGGACCAGGGUGAAGAAGAGAAGAUAUGAAGACGACAGCUCCGAAGAGGAGACGUCAACGCGGCGAAGUAGUGGCGGCAUGGCUACGCGGUACAAGGAGACCGUGACGCCUCCCUCGUCUUCCCGUCACUCUGGAGAAGGAAGCGCCGCUAAACGUCGUCGCAUGACGACCCGCAACCAGCCUGACCUCACCUUCUGCGAGAUCAUUCUAAUGGAGAUGGAGGCUCACACAGCCGCCUGGCCGUUCCUUGAACCCGUCAACCCCCGACUGGUGCCAGGCUACCGCCGCAUCGUCAAAACCCCCAUGGACUUCCUCACCAUGAGAGAGAAACUGCUACAGGGAGGGUACUGCAACUGUGAGGAGUUUGCAGCAGACGCUCAGCUCGUCUUCAACAACUGUGAGCUGUUCAACGAGGACACGUCGGAGGUGGGAACGGCCGGACAUGCCAUGAGGCGUUUCUUUGAGAGCCGCUGGGCGGAGUUCUACUCAAAUAAGGACAAAUAGAAGCUUGUGACGUUCCCCCCUGAUGGUGGGGCUUGUAUACUGUUGGUGCUGUCACCGUCCCAGGCACACUCUCUCCAUUACUGCUAAGACUGUCUGGAUGUUCUUCCAGCUCCGUGUAUAGGUAUAUAUGUAUAGAUUUUGGCUAUUUGUCUGUUAUUGUUUCCUCUACUGGGCGAAUCUUUUGCAGGCCCAACAGCUGAACUGGCUUGAACUUGUACCCAUUCCUCGUCACAGAGAGUGAGAACGCGUCUCUUCACUUUUCAUUCCUCCUUUCGUGUCUCAUCUUCACCUCAUCUCCAGUUUGCAUUCUCCCUUUCACGUCCCU